AUGGAAAAAUCUGAGGCAUGCUUAAGUUAUCAGCCGAGCACAAGAGACCGGGUGUUUGCUGCUGCUGGACCGGUACUUUGGGUUGCUGUCAGCUAUGUCGAUCCAGGAAAGUGGGCUGCAUUUGUAGAGGGAGGUGCUCGGUUUGGUUUUGAUUUGUCUUUGAUCGUGCUUGUUAUAAAUUGUGCCGCUAUAUUAUGCCAGUAUCUGUCUGCUCGUGUUGCCAUUGCCACCAAGAAAAAUCUUGCCCAGAUUUGCAGCGAGGAAUAUGAUGAACUGACAUGCUUAAUUUUAGGAAUUCAGGCAGAAAUCUCAAUGCUUGUGUUAGAUCUCACAAUGGUUCUCGGCACAGCCUAUGGCUUUCAUGCAGUUUUUGGGAUCGACCUACUUAUUAGUGUUUUCUUGACCGGCUUUCAUGCUGUUCUAUUUCCAUUUAUUUUUAACUUUCUUGAAAAUCCCAAGGCAAAGAAUGCAUUAAUAUUUUCGGCAUGCUUUAUAUUAGCAUCCUAUGGUAUUGGAGUUCUCAUAAGUCAACCAGAAAGCUCACUGUCUUCUGGCUGGAUGCUUACUAAGCUAACUGGAGAAAAUGCAUAUGCUUUGAUGAGUGUCCUCGGAGCAAAUAUUAUGCCACACAACUUUUACCUCCAUUCUUCUAUUGUACAGCAAGAUCAACGGCCAACAUAUGUUUCUCAAGGGACCCUGUGUCACGACCAUUUUUUCGCCACGUUAUGGGUGUUUAGCGGCAUUUAUCUGGUCAAUUUUAUGCUAAUGAGCUCGGCAGCCAAUGUGUACUAUGGCAGUGGACUCAUUUCACUCACUUUACAGGAUGCACUUACAUUGAUGGACCAGCAGCGGGGAUUUAGAAGCUCCUUAGUAGCUUCAAUUACCUUAAUAUUUAUCAUUUUUUUCUCAAACCAACUCGUGGCAGCAAAAUCGAGCCUCGGACAACAAAUGACUGUUUACAGUUUCGUCAGAUUCGAGAUUUCCGGUCGGCGUCAUCGUGCUACGAUCAAAUUAAUCGCGAUUUUAACCGCACUUUUUUGCGUUCAGCAUUCAGGGGCCGAAGCUAUAUUUCAACUCUUGAUCUUUGCACAGGUAAUGGUUGGGCUUUUACUUCCAUCUUCUGUCAUCCCUCUAUUCCGAGUUGCUUCCUCCAGAUCGAUUAUGGGUGCUUACACGAUCUCCCGUCCGGUGGAAUUCUUAGCUCUACUCUCAUUUCUUGGCGUGCUUGGGAUAAUGAUCGUGUUUUUUACCGAAUUGUUAUUCGGCAGUAGUGAUUGGGUUAUUAGUUUAAAGUGGAAUAUUGAGAGUAGUGUGCCUAUUUCGUAUAUUAUUCUGCUGAUAGCUUCUUUUGCCUCCAUGAGUUCAAUGAUUUGGCUUUCAAUCACUCCAUUGAAGUCAGAAACUUCUGGUAGAGAUACACAGGCAUUGAACUGGGGCAGAACUGUGACAGUGUCUUCUGUUGAUAGAAACCAAGCUCGAAUUACUGAACAAAGCCACUUCGAAAAGCCAACGGAAAAUCAAGAAUUCAUGUCAUCAUUGCGGAAAUCCUUUGAAAACAAUCGGAAUCUCUCGACCCGAGAUUCUGAUCUGAAUUUGCCCAAAACUCUUCUGUACCCAAAGACCAAUAAUCGUCUUCUGACCACGAUUGAGGAGAGUAAACCCAAGGAACUAGCAAAUGUUUCCGAACUUACCAUGUCUGAAUCUGAUGAGAUAGUUAAAAGUGAAUUGCCGGAUGAUGCCACCUCGAACUCUGAAUCAAAAGAAAUGGUGGAGAAGACGUUGAAAAUCGAAGAUGUCACACACCCGUCUUUGACUUCAGAGGGUCCAGGAUCAUACAAAAGUCUUAAUGGAAAUAAUGAUGAAAUUGGGAGUAACAAUGGGAGUCAUUCGAGAUUAUUGGGAUUAGGCCGUUCCGCAAGGCGUCAGUUAGCUGCAAUCCUUAAUGAAUUCUGGGGACAGCUGUUUGAUUACCAUGGCCAGCCAACGACUGAGGCCAAGACUAUGAAAUUGGAUGUUCUAUUGGGGAUUGAGUCUAAGAUAGACCCGAACAAACCUUCCUUUGCACCCGUUAAAUUGGAAAGUGUCAAAUUGCAGAGAACGUCGGAUCGUCUAAAUACUUCUAGCUUUUACGGUCCUUCAGUGACUAAUAUUGGAUCCACUCUUGGUAUUCAGCCAGGGUUAGCAUUGUGGUCUAAUCAAAUGCAAAUGCCGAAUGCAUAUAUGCAAGGCUACAGUCCCGAUUCCCUUGACUCCAGUGAGAGGCGUUAUCGUAGCAUGCACGUUCCAUCGUCUUAUUCCGUUUGCCAUGAUCAACAGCCAGCUACUUUCCAUGGUUACGGUUUGGCUUCGUACGCGGAUCGAGUGGCAAAAGAGAAAGGUCACAAUUAUCCAAAAGGUCAAGUGGAGUCCUUAGACCAAACCUCAUCGAUCAAAUCAAACACCUUGGAGUCAUACAGUCAGCCGUUGGGGCUGAAGCCACAUAACGGAAUGCGAACGAUGAAGCCACCCGGUUUUCAUAAUGUCCCCAUUGCUCGUAAUAGCUCGAUGAAAUCUCAAAGAGCUUUUAACGAGCCUUCUCCCGAGCGGCCCAUGUACUACAGUAAUAAUAAUAACCCGCACAACGUGAAGAAAUUCCACAGCCUGCCAGCCAUAUCAAGGCUCCACGCCCCGCAACAAGAUUCUUCAUUUGAUAAAAACUCUAAGUGGCAGAAUAAUUUGAUGGGUUAUGGGCAGUCGGUUAAUCAUCCGGCAAUGGCUUCGGGUGCUUCAGGUUUUAAAGAAAACUCUACUCCGAGGGUGUGUAGAGAUGCCUUCUCGUUGCAAAUUGGUUCUGGAUCGGGUUCAGGCUCGUUUUAUUCGAGGCAGCCUUAUGAGCAAUUUGGAGUUGCUGAUAAAUUUCCUCUUGAAAGCCAAAUCCCUGCUUCGGCUGUAGAUAUGGAGGCUAAGCUUCUACAGUCUUUCAGAAUUUGCGUCAUGAAGCUUCUGAAUUUGGAAGGUUCUGAAUCGCUGUUCGGACAAAAUGGCGGGGUUGAUGAGGAGCUUAUCGAUCGAGUGGCUGCUAGAGAGAGAUUGCGAUUCGAAGCCGAGACAAGAACUGUGGACUUAAACCUUAGUUGUGCUAUCAAAAUCGAUGAGACAGAUCAUUCAAAGUUUAUGUCUGUCCCUAACUGUGGUGAUGGAUGUGUGUGGCGUGUGGAGCUCAUCGUAAGCUUUGGAGUUUGGAGCAUUCGCAGGAUACUUGAACAUUCCCUCUUGGAAAAGCGGCCCGAACUUUGGGGAAAAUACACCUACGUACUGAACCUUCUUCAGGGGAUUAUCGACUUGGCCUUUUCAAAGCCUCGAUCUCCGAUCUCUCCCUGUUUAUGCCUCCAGCUUCCGGCCGAUUAUCCCCAAAAGUUGAGCCAGCCCAUCUCAAACCAGAGCAACUUCACGACAGCAGCAAUGCUGCUGGACGUGGUUAAACGUGUCGAGGCCGCCAUGUCAUGCCGUAAGGGGCGAACGGGCACUACAGCUGGUGAUGUGGCUUACCCGAAAGGCAAAGGGAAUUUGGCACCUGUCCUCAAACGCCCUGCAUGCUUCCUUAGGACCGUGAAGUCCAAGCAGGGCCACCAUCCUUCGGUCGUCCCCGGGCUGCCCCGGCUCUGGAACCAAACUUCAAUACCAUUCAGAACAAGAGCCGUCGGAAAGAUAUCACGCUGA